AUCCGACCUCUCCCUGCUCUCCCUUCGUCUUCUUCGUCGUUUUCCAGGUCCCCGCCGGUACGUGGGUUGGGCCUCUCAGCUUCGCCGACGCCCCGCCACACAGACAGACGGGUUACGGUGAGGUUACCGACAGAACGGGUUAUUCGGUCGUAGUCACGCUGCACGCAGUACCGAGCUCGCAGGGCUCAGGACAUCUCGCGCCACUGCAUCCUCCGUCCGGCGUUUGGGGCCCCUUCUGUCAAACUCGCCGACGCCCUCUUUUCCAGUGACGGUGACUUGUUUUGAGGCUCCACCAUGGCCAGCGCGGUGGCCGAGUUCUACCGGGGCGCCGACCUGUUCAUCACGGGCGCCACGGGCUUCGUGGGAGUGGCCCUGCUGGAGAAGGUGCUGCGCUGCUGCCCGGACGUGGGCAACAUUUACUGCCUGAUGCGGCCCAAACGCGGCAAGGACAUCUCUUCGCGCGCCGAGGAGUUCCCCAAGAACCUGAUCUUUGAGAAGCUGAUUGAGAAGCAUGGCAAGGACCUUUUCAAGAAGAUCAUUCCCAUCGCGGGUGAGAUUGGCGAGGAGAACUUGGGCCUCAGCCCUGAGGACAGGAAGCUGCUUCAGGACAAGGUGCAGGUGGCGUUCCACUGCGCCGCCACACUGGAUUUCGAAGCCAACCUUCGGACAACUGUCGAUGUCAACCUGCUGGGAACACGUCGCAUCGUUGAACUGUGCAGUGGCAUGUCCAAGCUGAAGGCUCUUGUGCAUGUGUCAAGUGCUUAUGUGAACUCAAAUUUGCAUGUGCAAAUUGAUGAAAAACUUUACCCUGUACCUGAUGAUGCGGAGAAAAUUAUUGGUAUGGUGGCAGCACUGAAUGAUUCUGCACUUGAAGAGCUAACACCCAAGGUUCUAGGCAAUCAUCCUAAUACUUACACCUUUACUAAAGCGUUAGCUGAGCAUGAAGUUGCUAAAGGAUUUCAGAAAUUCCCUGCCGUGGUUGUCAGGCCAAGCAUGAUUACUUGUGCCUGGAAGGAGCCUGUGCCUGGCUGGAUAAAUUCUAAAAAUGGUCCAUCUGGAUUUUUCAUGGGUGCUGCAAAGGGUGUUGUGCGUCGUCUCCCAGUCGGCAAGCACUUGGUCUAUGAUUAUAUACCAGUUGAUAUUGUUGUUAAUGAAAUGUUGGUUGCUGCUUGGCACACAGCAACAAAUAAGCCUAAGGAAAUGCCAGUGUACCACCUCACAUCCAGUACCUGCAAUCCAUUCCGCUGGGCUUCAAUUGAAAACCGAAUUCAAAAUCAGCUCAAUUCUAUGCCAUUGAAGGCUGCUGUUUGGUAUCCCUCUUUGAAGCUGGUUCCCUCUCUCGCAUUGUUCCGACUUUCAGCCUUAUUUGUCCAUUUCAUGCCAGCCUACUUCUUUGAUACACUAACCAUGUUUGCGGGAGGAAGGCCUAUCCUUGUCCGACUUCACACCAAUGUUAGCAAGUCACUUGUACGACUCGCACCGUUCAUCUUCCAGGAGUGGUUCUUUGACAACAAGAAAACUCUCGCCUUACAUGAAUCCUUGAACUCUACAGACAAAGAAAUGUUUGGUUUGGAUGUGCGCCCAAUCCAAUGGGGUGACUACUUUGAGGACAUGCAAGCUGGAGUGCGGCGCUAUUUGAACAAUGAGGAGCUUAAGACUCUUCCUGCUGCUAGGAAGAAAAACAAAAUUCUCUACGUGCUGAACAUCCUUGUACAAAUUGCCUUCUUGUCUACAAUCUGGUUUGGAUUCUCAAGAUUCGUGGGAAUGUCUAUGGCGUCCACCAUUUGGCUUUACCCCAUUUUGUACUUCCUUUUCAAUCUCCUGUAA